AUGGGCAACAAAGUUCGGAUUUCACGCGCAGUGCACUUCGUGUGCAACCGCACAUCCAGGUCACAACUCAAUAUUUGUGAAGCUCGUGGCGGGACUCUAGUUUCCAUGCCACAUCGUGCACCGUAUGAGGUGACACCUUGUACAGCUCUUCUCUUUCUGCUACUAUAUACACUAACUAAUAAGUGGUACGAUGGGUGCGACAAGCGGUUUGAUAGUCGCAGGAAUCGCUGGGGCGACGGCGAUCGGUAUUUCCUUCGCGGCGAUCCCAUUUGUCGCUCCAGCGUUGCGUCGCGUCUGCAUCCCCUACGUGCCCGCAACCCCAACGCAACUGAAAAAUGUGUCACGCGCUCUAGCCGAAUGUACACCGAAGAAAGGCCCACUCAUUGA